UUUCUGAGGCCGGUCUGCUUGCUGCUGGGUCCCACAAUCACAAUGGGGGAUGUGAGUGUUUGACAGUGGAAUCCUGACUUGUGUUUCAGUGGGAUUUGGUUUUGUGUCAGCCGGAUAAUGGAUGCGGACAAACGGACGCUGACUGUGACCAUGCUGACCACUUUAACUGCGGUUCUUCUGUACGCGACCACUUCCGUGUGUGCAGUGGAAGAAACAGUGAUGGAUACAAGGACAGCAACGGCUGAGCUGGGCUGGAUAUCAUUCCCUGCAAAUGGAUGGGAGGAGGUGAGCGGCUAUGAUGAGAACCUCAACACCAUCAGGACGUACCAAGUGUGCAACGUGUUUGAGCCCAGCCAGAACAACUGGCUCCUCACCACAUACAUUGACAGAAGGGCGGCGCUGCGUAUCUACGUGGAAAUACGCUUCACUGUACGAGACUGCGCUUCCAUCCCCAGUGUCCUUGGUUCCUGCAAAGAGACAUUCAAUCUUUACUACCUGGAAACAGAUAGGGCUGUGUCAGAGGGCAUCAGAGGGGUGGAGUAUUGGGCAAAUGCACCCUUCCUUAAGGUGGACACCAUUGCAGCAGAUGAGAGUUUUUCCCAAGUAGAUUUUGGCGGACGACUGAUGAAAGUCAACACAGAAGUGCGUAGUUUUGGCCCACUCUCCAAAGGAAAAGGGUUCCAUCUGGCCUUCCAGGACCUGGGAGCCUGUAUGUCCCUUCUUGCUGUUAGAGUAUUCUACAAAAAAUGCCCCAGCAUUGUUCAGAACUUUGCUUACUUCCCAGAGACACUCACUGGAGCUGAGUCCACAUCACUGGUAAUUUCUAGAGGAAGUUGCAUCCCCAAUGCAGAGGAAGUGGAUGUGCCCAUAAAACUUUACUGUAACGGCGAUGGAGAGUGGAUGGUACCCAUCGGCAGCUGCAGCUGUAAGCCUGGUUACGAACCAGACAAUGGCAACUUGUGCAGAGCAUGUCCACAGGGCACCUUUAAAUCAACCCAGGGGCCCGGAUUAUGUCAGCAAUGUCCACUUAACAGUCGGUCUACUAUUGAGGCUGCUACCCUUUGUGGAUGCCGCAAUGGUUACUAUCGUGGUGACAUGGAUAAACCAGAGGACCUGUGCACAAAUGUCCCUUCAGCUCCUCGUAAUUUGGUCUCAAUUGUCAACCAAACAUCAUUGCUGCUGGAGUGGCACCCGCCACGUGACAUCGGACACCGUGGAGACCUUUCCUAUAACGUGUUGUGUCACCGGUGUCACAGCAGUGAGCGACGGGCAUGUCAGCCAUGUGACGACAAUGUGGCCUAUGUUCCAGGCAGGAGGGGGUUAAAGCAAACCAGGGUGGAAAUCAGCAAGUUGCGUGCCCACACAUCAUAUACCUUCGAUAUACAGGCAGUCAACGGCGUCUCCAACAAGAGUCCUUAUCCUGCCCAGCAAUUGUCAAUCAACAUUACAACCAACCAAGCUGCUCCUUCAGUGGUUCCCAUAAUGCACCAAGUGAGCUCAACAAGACGCAGUUUCUCAUUGUCAUGGCCGCCCCCUGAACAUCCUAAUGGAAUAAUCCUUGACUAUGAGAUACGAUACUACGAUCAGUCUCAGUCAUCAGUUUUGAACAGCUCAGUGGUUCAGAGCGAGACCCCUGGUGUGAUUCUGGAGGGACUGAGACCCGGGACUGGCUAUGUGGUUCAGGUGAGGGCCCGCACAGUGGCUGGCUAUGGAGCCUACAGCAAGGAGAUGCUCUUCCAAACACUCACUGAUGAUGAGUUUAAGUCAGAGUUGGGGCAGCAACUCUCCAUGAUCGCAGGCUCAUUAGUAGGCGGGGUGUGUGUUGUCUCGUUGGUUGCUAUUGCCAUCAUUUGUACCAGGAGAAGACAGUUGAAAGAGAGUGUGUAUGGAGACAAGCUGCAGCAGUACAAUGCAGGGGGAGAGGUAACAUUAAGACCUGACAUGUUUAGUGGUCCCACCCCCACGGUGACCUUCCCCACCAUGUCGGAUGGUCACAGUUCACCAGGGGUCAAGAUAUACAUCGACCCUUUCACCUACGAAGACCCCAAUGAGGCUGUCCGGGAGUUUGCCAAGGAAAUUGACCCCUCAUGUGUCAAAAUAGAGGAAGUCAUUGGCUCAGGUGAGUUUGGAGAGGUGUACAAAGGCCGCCUGAAGCCUGUGGGGAAAAGAGAAAUUCCCAUUGCCAUCAAGACUCUGAAGGUAGGCUAUUCUGAGAGGCAGCGUCGGGACUUCCUGGCUGAGGCGUCAAUCAUGGGGCAGUUUGACCAACCAAACAUCAUCAGGCUGGAGGGUGUGGUGACAAAGAGCAGGCCCACAAUGAUCAUCACGGAAUUCAUGGAAAAUGGAGCUCUUGACUCGUUUUUAAGGCAAAAUGACGGGCAGUUCCCCGUGAUCCAGCUGGUUGGUAUGCUGAGAGGCAUUGCGUCUGGAAUGAGGUACCUGGCAGAGAUGAGUUACGUUCACAGAGACCUGGCUGCUCGCAACAUCCUGGUUAACAGUAACUUGGUGUGUAAGGUGUCUGACUUUGGCUUGUCUCGUUAUUUGGAGGAGGAUACGUCCGACCCUACUUACACCAGCUCACUGGGUGGUAAAAUCCCAGUGCGGUGGACGGCCCCAGAGGCAAUCGCUUAUAGGAAGUUCACAUCGGCCUCAGAUGUUUGGAGCUAUGGGAUCGUCACCUGGGAGGUGAUGUCAUACGGCGAAAGGCCUUACUGGGACAUGAGUAACCAAGAUGUAAUCAACGCCAUUGAGCAGGACUUCCGGCUGCCAGCUCCCAUGGACUGUCCAACAGUGCUUCACCAGCUGAUGCUGGACUGCUGGCAAAAAGACAGGAACGCACGGCCAAAGUUCCCGGAUGUUGUCAACAUGCUGGACAAAAUGAUACGCAACCCAGCAUCCCUGAAAGCAGGCACCAACAAUGUUGCUCCAGGUCCAUCCCAUCAUCCUUUGUUAGAUCGUGGGGCUCCAGAUUUGAGCAGGGUGAGCUCUGUAGAGGACUGGCUGGCUGCACUGAAGAUGACCCAGUAUAGAGACUCCUUUCUGGGAUCGGGCUUCACCUCCUUGCCGCUCGUCACUCAAAUCACAGCAGAAGACCUCCAGAGGAUCGGAGUAUCUCUUGCUGGACACCAGAAGAAAAUUCUCUCAAGCGUUCAGUCAAUGAGACACCACAUCGAUGACCAGUCUCCUACUGAAUCUGUGUAAUCAGCAGCUUCAAACCGGUUGGUUUAACGUCUUCAUGCAAGAGGAGUGCUUCACCUUUGCGCACAUGUUCAGUUUCCUUUUACAAUCCCCGGCCAGACUUCUAUUCGCUGCUCAUCUUUUCAGAAGCAGAGAUACUUUUCAACUUUGGAAGUGAUUAAAUGCACAUUUACAAGAGCCAAUGUAAGGUCAGCAUGCUCUUUAAGUGAAGGAAUAAGGACAAGUAUGUGCUCUUUACAAAACCUGAUGUGAUCUGACCUGAAAAAAAACUACAAUCAUAAAAGCCCAUUUCCAUCCACAAAGCAAUUUUUACAACUUGACAGUUUUGAUUCAAGGGCAUCGUGGCCUGCUUCUCCUCCUUAUGCAGCAAUUGUACCAACAUACCAGGAAGGGGAGAGUGUCCUGAAUGAACAAUUGUGUGAACAACAAAAACAGGUCAAAAAGCCUGUUAGAUGUUUCCUGUGUCGAUAAAAAAGACUACUCUGUUGUCUGUGUGACAACUGCCACAAUUGAAAUACAGAAGAACCCACAGUUAAAAGGGACUGUGUCAAUCUAUCUUCAUAUUGAAGAGUCUGUACAUAUCAUAUGGGAUGUUUAUUUCCUACAAUAUUUCAUGUAUUGUGUUUAUUGGUAUUGCACUUGGUAUCUUCCUAAGGUUGAUUCUUCGCUUUUGAUGAAACAAAGUCAAAAAGAAUUAUUUUCACGGUACGCUUACAAUCACCUCUUCCAUGUAAAGAGCUUGCAAUGCUUAGCCUACUCAGAUGACUAAUUCACAGGACUUAAAAUAAGUGACUUUUAAAAUUAGCACAAUUUCUAUUGAAGUGGAGGUGAUUAUUGAACAGAAAGAGGAAGGAAACUAUAAAAACCCUGAGGCAUGUUAAAAGAAAAAAAAACACUGCAACUGGAAGGUCACAGCAGGUUGGAAGGAAGGAAAGGAAAAUCAAGGAUGUGAUGGAAUUGAGUAAAAAGUGUUUGACUCCUUCCUGAUUUUUAUUUUUUAUUUUUUGCCUGUCAUACUUCAAUGUUUCAGAUCAUCUAACAAAUUUAAAUAUUACUCAAUGACAAACUGACCUUUUUAAAUGAAAUGUUUUAUUAUUGGGGGAGUAAAAAAAAAUCCAAACCUACAUGGACCUGAGAGAAAAGGUGAUUGCGCCCCUUCCCCAGAAUGAAAGUCAGUGGAUCUAUCAGUCUGGAAAAGGUUUUAAAGACAUUUCUAAAGAUUUGGGACUCCAGCAAACCACAGUGAGAGCCAUUAUCCACAAAUGGCAAAAACAUGGUGAAACUUCCCAGGAGUGGCUGGCCAACCAAAAUUACCUCAGAGUCAACAACAUCCAAAAAUCUGCAGGCAUGAAUUAACCUCAGUUAAGGUCAGUGUUCAUGAUUCCCCCAUAAGAAAGACACUGAGCAAAAAUGGCCUUCAUAGCAGAGUUCUGAGACAAAAACAACAUUAACGCUCAUCUCAAUUUUGCCAAAAAAAAUCUUGAUGAACCACAUGAUCUUUAGGAAAAUACUCUAAAUUGUAACUUUUUGGAAGGUGUGUCUCCCAUUACAUGUCAUUUUAAGAAAGGGGCAUCACACCAACAGUAAAAUAUGGUGGUGGUAGUGUGAUGGUCUGGGGCUGUUUUGCUGCUUCAUGACCUUGAAGACUUUCUGUGAUAAAUGGAACCAUGAAUUCUGCCAAAAAAAAAAAACCUGAAGGAGAAUGUCCGGUGACCUCAAACUGAAACCCACUUGGGUUCUGCAACAGGACAAUGAUCCAAAACACACCAGCAAGUCCACCUCUGAAUGGCUGAAGAAAAACAAAAUGAAGACUUCGGAGAGGCCUAGUCAAAGUCCUGACCUGAAUCCUAUUGAGAUUCUGUGGCAUGACCUUAAAAACGCGCUUCAUACUGAAAAACCCUCCUGUGUGACUGAAUUACAACAAUUCUGCAAAGAUGAGUGGACCAAAAUUCCUCUACAGUGCCGUAAGAGACUCAUUGCAAGUUGCCGUUGAUUGCAGUUGUUACGUCUAAGGGUGCCCCAACCAGUUAUUAGAUUCAGGGGGCAAUCACUUUUUCUCAUGGGGCCACAGCAAGUCAGUCACUAAUACCUCACUUGAACAUGCGUAUCAGCUGUCAAAUCCCAUUUGUGCAGCCGUCAUCCAAAGGGCGAUGAUCAUUUUGCCCCAAGCAGGAGGAGGUCUUUGCAUCAAUCAGUUCUUCCUACUCACUAACCCAAUAGGACACUGUUAGUCAAUCAAUCAGGAGACACUCGAACCCUAAGGUUUAUGGACAAAUACUAUGUGUUUACAGAGAAUGUACCUCUUGCACUAAAUUACCUUCAAAGCAAGGCACGCUUUAAUGAGUUUUGGGUGGAAGAUCUUUAGAUCCCUCUAAUGGAUGAAUGGACAAAGAAGAAGCUUGUAGACUAAAUUCUUGUGUUUUAGUUCUCCAAUUAGAUGUAAUGUUUAGAAAAUAACACUUCACAGAUGAAUAUAGCCCAAAAUAUCAUUUUUCACCCAGAUCAUCUGCAUCAAAGUUCUCAAUGACUUACGUACAUGUCAUAGGUUUUUCUCAGCUACAGCCGUCCUAUCCAAGACAACCUGAACAGUUCAUUGUGUGAUUGAUUCAAUACAAUGAGUAAAUGAGAAUUUACAGACAUACUAUAAGUAGGUUCUGAAAAUCUGUGUUUGGUCUAACACCGCCGUUCAUCAAGAACUUCACAGCUUUUUUGUUAUUUCUUCAUGACCUCGCAAAUAUUUUAAACACACCAUUUUCCACUCCUCACAAAAGCUCCACGGGUGUUAACAGAUCUGCAUGCGUUGCCUGGCAACCUGAGAAUGUUCAAAAUUUGAGUCUGGAAUUUGUUGAGAAGAGGUGGGAGAGAGUGUGAGUUGCAUCUCUGGAGGAAGCGUUUCUUUGCUGGUUCAAAGGUUUAGUAAGAACAGCAUCAAUAAACUCACGUAAGACACCAAAACAAAAAGAUAUGAAGUAAUUUAAUAGGAAGUGGAAGAAUAUCUCAGGAAUAUGAUGGAUGGGAUUCAUGUUGACAAGGCUGGAUAAAUGUCAUCUUGUCAUUAGUCAUUAAUAUAUAACUCAGAUAUUUAUUAGUCCAAUUGUCUUUGAGAACAUGUUGUUAUAACCAUUGUUUUAUGUGGAAUGUAAAACCACCUAAACUCUAAAUAGGAAUUUAGGUUUUUACCUUAUUUUCAGUCUUAAAAUAACACCAAACACGAUUGCUGAAUGUAUAUGUUUGUUUUAUAUUUUGCAAGUUAUUACCAGCCUGUUUAUAGAUGGUUUAUCUCUUUUCUGUUUCACAAACAUUUGGUUAGAAAUCGUACAAAAAUUUCAACAUUAUGUCUUCAUGAAACUUUCAAUACCUUGAAGACUUCGACCACAGGGGUCGGCAACCUUUAACAUCGAAAGAACCAUUACACUGCUUAUAUUCAUUCAUUCAUUCAUUUUCUACCAUUUAUCCUCACAAGGGGUGCUGGAGCCUAUCCCAGCUGUCUUCAGGCGAGAGGCGGGGUACACCCUGGACUGGUCGCCAGCCAAUCACAGGGCACAUAUAUAGACAAACAACCAUUCACACUCACAUUCAUACCUAUGGACAAUUUGGAGUCGCCAAUUAACCUAGCAUGUUUUUGGAAUGUGGGAGGAAACCGGAGUACCCGGAGAAAACCCACGCAUGCACAGGGAGAACAUCCAAACUCCACACAGAGAUGCCCGAGGGUGGAAUUUUACUGGGGUCUCCUAGCUGUUAACACUGGGCAGAAUUCUCAUCAGUUGUCAUUCUAUUGGUUUCUAUUCUAUUUAAUUUUCUGAAUAAGUUAAGUUUUUUUAAGUUUCUUACAUAUAUUCUCUAUCUGUGACUGCCUUUCCAUCACAUGUAAAAGCAAUUUUCUCACUAAAUCUGGACACUUUCCAAACCAUGUUGGUGACUAGCAGUAAAUGUAAAGGCUUUUCCUGAUGUAGUAGGGAGAUUUUACGUUAAAGGGAAAACAGAUAUUGUUCUCAGCGGUGAGUGUACAAUCAGCUGCCGCAGCACACUAUUCUGGAAUUACCGCCUCAGCAAUUACCCAGCACAUAGCAUAAAAUCACCGCCCUCGGCAAAAGGAAGUAUAGGAUAAGGUCUUCUGAUGGACAUACAGUAUCUUUCUUAUAUGGAAUAUAACCUCCAUUAGAGGGCUAUAUUUGUUGAUUGUGGACAUUUCUUAGAGCUUAGAGCCCUCCAGUAUCCCCCAUAUUCUUCAUUAUGUUGUAAUAUUAUUGUCAUCAUACAUAAACAAUAGUAUUGUCAACGGAUUUGGACAGGAAAACAUUUGGGCAUCCUUUCAAAGACUUAGUGUAUAACAUUGUAAUACAUUAUAAUAUGCUUUCUCACAUAGUUAUAAUGAUAUAUCUAUAUUCUAUAAAAGUACAGGACACAGGACAUGGCAUCCUACUGCAUUUAUGUGAAAACAGCCUAUGCAGUGUUUUGGUCAACAGAUGCUCUUGCCGUGUUCUGCAAAAAAUGUACAAUUUUCAGAAUUUUCUGGAAAAAAUGCUGGGAUUUCUGGUGCUUGAGGACAAAUUAUUAAUAAUAGUUCAAGUGAAAAGCUACCUCUUAAUGAGAAGCCAGUCAAAGGUGAGCCACCCAAUGUGUUUUUUUUUUCUGUGUUGCCAGGCAGAGUUGAUUGGGUUCAUAGAGUCAGUGUUACACACCAAAUUAGCUGUAUCAUCAAAAUAUUUUAGCAUGUGCAGGAAUCUGUAGUUGCCGUGUCUUUUUCACAACUUCCUGUUCCGAGUCUGGCCUGAGCUCAUGCCUCCUGCCCAAAUAAUUACAGUUUUGCAUCACUUAAUACAUAUUUCAGCAAGUUCAUCAUCUGUUUUAACAGUAAUAUCCAUCCCAGUAUAUACAGUAGACUGGCCAAGUCUUUUAUUUCAGUGUUAAAAAAAACAGUAUAAUUCAAAUGCUUUGUGGAUGUGCAAAGAAGGUUUUUGCCUUUUAAAAGAUGCACUCCCCUAUGGUAUGUCUUAAUUCUAGUUGUUAGCCGUCAAUCUUUUUAAGGAUGCACUUUUGGUUUGUAGUUCAAAAGAAAAAAAAACAGCUUCACAAGCGCUGUGGUCUGUCUUAAGUUUACCUGCAAUACUGUUUUAAGUACUGAUCGAUCGGUCAAAGCAUCCACUGUAAUGUAUAAUACCACUGUACUAUAAUAAUGUGUGUAUGCCUGUAAAUUAUUGACAUGUGGGUGUGUAUUAUAUCGUAUGUGUGCUGUCCAGUGUACUUGAAAAAAAAAUGUUUGUAUAUGGUGAGUGUGCAGGUUUGUAGUUGUUAACUUUUUGAAUUGUACAUUUCCAAUGCACUAUUGGUCAAUAAAGUCACUCGAGCUAAUAAGCUGGGAAAAUCCUUGUUGAAGUCAUGUUUGCAAGAAAGACACCGAAACAAGAGUUAUUCUUUUUCUAAAGGUUCCAUCAUGGUAACUAACAUGAAGUUCAUAGCGUUUGACUUCAAAUACAUUCCAGAAAUCAUUGAGGAAUUAUCAUUAUAAUAUACAUAUAUCAUUAUAUCAUCAUACAUCAUUUAUAAUCAUUCCAUCCUGGAAAAAAGUACAGUUUAGAUGAAUUAUUAAGGGCAUUCCUGCCCGUGAUGAAAUGUCUGAAAGCUACUGUAAUUCGAACUUAUUGUCCCUAACGACAAUCGGGAAUUCAAAUACAUCCAGUCAGCCUAAUAUUGCCUAAGCCUGUGAGGUGUUAUUCGAUUUGACGCUAAGUUCCUCUGUAAAA